UCUCUAUCUCUCUCCCUUGUCAAGCUCUUAGAAAUUAGUAGCAGUACGUAGUAGAAUUAAGAUAGAUAUAUAUAUAUAUACACACACGUAGUCGGGAGCUAGAUUGAAGAAAAUGGAAGGAGAUUUCUUGCCAUUCUUGACAAUGGUGAUUGUACAAGUUGGGUAUGCCGGAAUGAAUAUACUCUCGAAGCUUGCCAUGGAUUCUGGAAUGAACCCAUUUGUCCACGUGGCGUACCGGCAAAUCUUUGCCACCGUUGUUAUUGCCCCCUUCGCCUACUUCUUGGAGAGAAAAACAAGGCCUAAGAUGACAAGGGUUAUCUUCUUCCAGAUAUUCUUAUCUUCAAUUUUUGGGGCAACCAUGAACCAGGUUCUUUACUUUGUCGGGCUGCAUAACUCUACCCCAACAAUUGCAUGUGCUUUGUCGAAUUUGCUGCCAGCACUCACUUUCAUCCUAGCCGUCCCUUUCAGGCUGGAAAGUGUAGGAAUGAGGAGGAAAGAAGGGCAAGCCAAGGUUGUGGGGACAUUGAUAUGCGUGGGUGGAGCAAUGUUGCUGUCAUUUUACCAUGGAAGAAGCGUGAUGGGAGGAUCCAGCAUCCAUUGGAAGUACGCUGAUGAUAUGGGAAAAGGAAGUAGUAGUACUUCUCAAACCCAUGGAAACAACUUCAUGUCUGGGCCCUUUCUAAUCAUUGCUAGUACCAUAGCCUGGGCAAUAUGGUUCAUUAUUCAAGCGAGAAUGGGCGAGAAUUAUUCAGCUCCUUAUACAAGUUCAGCAUUAAUAUGUUUGAUGUCCAGCGUCGAAUGUGGGAUUAUUGGCUUCAUUGCAGAACAUAACCUAUCUGCAUGGUCAUUGAGCCCUGCUAUCAGGGUUGUUUCAAGUCUUUAUGCGGGUGCUAUUGGUAGUGCACUAGCAUUUUGCCUCAUGUCAUGGUGUAUCCAGAGGAAAGGCCCUCUCUAUGUCUCUGUGUUCAGUCCACUCCUUCUUGUCAUCGUGGCCGUUCUCAGUUGGGCGCUUCUCGCAGAGAAAUUAUACGUUGGAACUGUUGGAGGGUCGGCCUUGAUUGUUUUAGGACUCUAUGCUGUUCUCUGGGGAAAGAACAGAGAGUCGGAUGCAAUGAGCAACGCUGGAGAUGAGGGAGAAGAGAAGCCAGAAGAUAAGGGCGACGUGGAAAUGCAGUUCCCCGAGCUUUCAAACGGCAAUUUUCAGAUGAAAAUCCAAGGAAACAAAUGGGUUGGGAAUUGAUUUGUGUUUCAUGAGGAAAAAUGGAUGGCCUUGCAAGAGAAAGAGUUAGAUGGCUAGUCAUUCUCUUGUUUCACUCAUCUAGUCUUCAAGAGUCCAACUGUUUUCUUACAAAAUGCUAACUGAUGGGGAAAUGUUCUGCAAAAAAAUCUUCUGCUCAUUUUCUUGCUGUGUUAAGCACAUUGAUGGAGAAUUAGGGAUGGAGCAGAGUAAU